AGCAAUUAUUUUUUCUGCAGUUCUAAUUAUCCUCUGAAGUCUGUGUUUUUCUUGUUGGGUUGCAGAACCGAACCAGACAGUUAUAGAGGUGCAAAUGACAGACUCAAUAAUUCCUCUGUAGAAUUGGAUCAGCAGCUCCUUGGGCAGUUUGAGCUUACUGAGUUGGCGCAGAAAGAACAUUCUUUGUUGUCCUUUUUUAAUGAUGUUUUUGAUGUUAGCUGUCCAUUUGAGAUUUUGCGAUAUGAUAGAACCCAGAAAUUUGAAGGUUGAAUUGAAAGGAUUUUAUAAUCCUUUCCUCCAUUCCCCGAAACAACAUUAACAUUAAUAAUUUUUCUAUCAUUAACCCAUUAUAGUCUUACUUAAAUGACACAAUUCUCUGCUUAAUUUUUAAUAUGUUUAAAUCUAAGGUCAGCCAUCCAAAAUCCAUUCUUGAAACUAUCGUGCCAUCUAGGGAAUAGUUCUGAAAUCACAAAAACUAUUCCAUUCUUAACUAUCUUUCUCUGCCUCUAAGUAUCCUCUUAAUAUAGUAAAGUGGCCUUUAAUAUAUUUAAAUCUGAGGUCAGCCAUCCCAAGCCUUUCUUGAAGCUAUCAUGCUGUCUGGGGAAUAGUUCUGAAAUCAUAAAAACCAUUCCAUUCUUAACUAUCUUUCUCUACCUCUAAAUAUCCUCUUAGUAUCCUCUGACUAUAGUUACAGAUCACAAAUAACUAAGUGGCCUUUUAUAUUUAAAUCAGAGGUCAGCCAUCCAAAGUCCUUUCUUGGAGCUGUUGUGCCAUCUGGGGAAUAGUUCUGAAAUCACAAAAACUAUUCCAUUCUUAACUAUCUUUCUCUGCUUCUAAAUAUCCUCUUGGUAUCCUCUUGGUAUAGUUACAUAACAUAACAUAACAACAGAGUUGGAAGGGACCUUGGAGGCCUUCUAGUCCAACCCCCUGCCUAGGCAGGAACCCUACACCAUCUCAGUCAGAUGGUUAUCCAACAUUUUCUUAAAAAUUUCCAGUGUUGGAGCAUUCACAACUUCUGCAGGCAAGUCGUUCCACUUAUUAAUUGUUCUAACUGUCAGGAAAUUUCUCCUUAGUUCUAAGUUGCUUCUUUCUUUGAUCAGUUUCCACCCAUUGCUUCUUGUUCUACCCUCAGGUGCUUUGGAGAACAGCCCGACUCCCUCUUCUUUGUGGCAAUUCACAAAUCACGAUUCACAAAUAGCAAAGUGCCCAGUUUAUCUUGUUUGAAAACAAUUAAGCUGCUUCUUGUGUAAUUUCUUCCUUUGCCAUUAGGUGUAGCACAUUCUCCAUUUUAUUUCUAUCAUGUUAGAUCAUGCCUUUCCUUUGUCCUCAUAUAUUUCCUUUUUUCCAAGUUUCUUCGCACUUUAAUAUUUUCUUUGUAUUUUGUUUAAUUCCAAGUUACAAUGGGUGGAGGAUUCAAAGUGGUCCAAUAAAGUCAAUUUAAUAGUUUCUUUAUAUUUCAUUUAAUUCCAAGUUACAGAGGCUAGAGGGAUUCAAAGUGUUCCAGUAAAGUCAAAAUAAUAUUUCUUUAACUCCUUUUUCUUUUCUCCCUUCUUGCAUAUUCUGCACUGUUAGUCAAAACUUUCAAUUUAGUUGAAAUAAAAUUUCUUUUUCAUUUCUUCCUCUGUCAUAAAGUAUCUCCUUUUUAACAGUCUUUAUAUUUCAUUCAAAGUGUUCCAAUAAAGUCAAUAUAGUAUUUCUUUAACUCCUUUCUCCUUUCUUGCAUGUUCUAAACAAUCAAUCAAAACUUCAAGUUUAAUUGGAGCACAAUUUCUUUUUCAUUUCUAUAGUAGCCAUUUUAUUUCUGAAAGCCAUGCCUUUCCUUUGUCUUUUUUCAAGUCUCUAUUUUUAAUUUUGGCUCUAAGCUUCAAUUCCAAGCCCUCUUUGUCAAAGUCCAAAUAUCUUUCCUUCCGCUGCUGCAAUAUUUAAGAACAGUUUUAAUUUUUGGUCACUACCUUUAAAGCGCUCCAUGGCUUGGAGCCUGGGUACUUACGGGACCGCCUACUGUUACCCCGUGCCUCCCACCGACCCGUACGCUCACACAGAGAGGGACUUCUCAGGGUGCCGUCCGCCAAGCAAUGCCGGCUGGUGGCCCCCAGGGGAAGAUCCUUCUCUGUGGGGGCUCCUAACCUCUGGAACGAACUUCCCCCUGGCUUGCGCCAAGUACCUGAUCUUCGGACCUUUCGCCGCGAGUUGAAAAUGUAUUUAUUUACUCGUGCGGGGCUGGCUUAAAUUUUAAAUUUUUAAAUUUUAAAUUUCUAGAUGAAUUUUAAUGGGUUUUUUAGAUUUUAAAUGUUUUUAAAUUUUCGGCCAAUUAUAUAAUAAGUUUUUAAAUUUUGUUUUAAUUGUAUAUUGCUUGUGUUCUUAUUCUGGCUGUAAACCGCCCUGAGUCCUUCGGGAGAAGGGCGGUAUAAAAAUCUGAUUAAUAAUAAUAAUAAUUUUAAAAAAGGCUUAUUUUUUAUCUUUAGUUAGGGCUCCAAACUUCAUAUUCCUCGUUGUCAAAGUCCAGAUAUCUUUUACUUUCACAUAGCAAUUAGCGGCUGUUACAAUGUUUCUCUUCUCUUAAGCUUAUGUUCAUUUCCUCAAAAAUGCCUCAGACUCCCGACAAUCAUUCUAUUUUACUUAUUUAGGGCUCUAGACUUCAGAUCCAAGCCCUUUCUUAUAGAAUUUAGAUAUCUUUCAAGUUAUUUCUUUCCAAUUUCACUUAUGCAUUCAAUUUAGCUGCUAAUUCAAAGUUUCUUUAAUGCUUGUGACUAUUUUUAUACAACGCCUCUUUGUGGGUAGCUUUUUCACUCACCCGACUUCAAUACUCUGAUUCUAAUGCUUCUUCCUCCUGUUUGAUACUUGUGGCCGUCUCCAACUUUGUGGCAGCUGAUGUCGGCUGUCAUGCCUCCCCGGUGGGUCGGGGGGAAAAGACCGGAGCUGCAGGGAGUUUGCUGCCUCCCUGAUCACUCCGCGGCUCCCCCAUUCUUCGCUGCCACUUCGAGGAUGCUAUAGUCCAUGGCAGACCCCCAUUCUGGGGGGAAUUUCGGUGUUCACCCCGGAGCUGUCAGGGUGAGAGACAAGGGAGAGAACGACAAGAACAAAGUUUUGAGCUGGAAAAAAUAAGAGUUUCUGGAACUGAAGCAAACAUUAUCUAAGAAGUCAAGGGGAAUAAUAUCGGAAUAACGAAAAAGUGGAAAUAAUUGGCAGUCAGCCGGAAGGAAAAGGUUACUUGGACAGCCAAAAUGGGGAGACACAAGAGGACUCGCACUGGGGAGAAACUCUUUGGAUGUCCGGAUUGUGGGAAAAGUUUCUCCUCGAAUUCUAGCCUGGUCAUCCACAAAAGGACUCACACAGGAGAGAAACCAUAUGAGUGUCCGAAUUGUGGGAAAAGUUUCCAGCAGAAUUCCCACCUGGUGGAUCAUCAGAGGACUCACACAGGAGAGAAACCAUAUAAGUGCUGUGAUUGUGGGAAAUGUUUCUCUCGGAAUUCUAGCCUGGUGAUACACCAGAGGACUCACACAGGAGAGAAACCAUAUGAGUGUCUGUAUUGUGGGAAAACUUUCAGUCACAGUUCCUACCUAGUGAAACACCAGAGGACUCACACGGGAGAGAAACCAUAUAAGUGUCCAGAUUGUGGGAAAAGUUUCCAGCAGAAUUCCCAUCUGGUGGAUCAUCAGAGGACUCACACAGGAGAGAAACCAUAUAAGUGUUGUGAUUGUGGGAAAGGUUUCUCUAGGAAUUCUAGCCUUGUGAUACACCAGAGGACUCACACUGAAGAGAAAACAUAUGAGUGUCUGUAUUGUGGGAAAUGUUUCAGUCAUAGUUCCUAUCUAGUGAAACACAAGAGGAUUCACAUGGGAGAGAAGCCAUAUGAGUGUCCAGAUUGUGGGAAGAGUUUUCAGCAGAAUUCCCACCUGGUGGAUCAUCGGAGGACUCAUACAGGAGAGAAACCAUAUAAAUGUUGUGAUUGUGGGAAAUGUUUCACUUGGAAUUAUAGCCUGGUGAUACACCAGAGGACUCACACGGGAGAGAAACCAUAUAAGUGCUUGAAUUGUGGGAAGACUUUCAGUCAGAAUUCCCACCUGCUGAAACACCACAAAACUCACACGGGAGAGAAACCAUAUGAGUGUCCGGAUUGUGGGAAAACUUUCCGUCAGAAUUCCCACCUGGUGAAACAUCAGAGGACUCACACAGGAGAAAAACCAUAUGAAUGUCCAGAUUGUGGGAAAAGUUUCCAGCAGAAUUACAAUCUGUUGGAACAUCAGAGGACUCACACAGGAGAGAAACCAUAUAAGUGUUGUGAUUGUGGAAAAUGUUUCUCUUGGAAUUCUAGCCUGGUGAUACACCAGAGGAAGGAUUCACAUGGGAGAGAACCAUAUGAGUGUCCAGAUUGUGGGAAGAGUUUUCAGCAGAAUUCCCACCUGGUGGAUCAUCGGAGGACUCAUACAGGAGAGAAACCAUAUAAAUGUUGUGAUUGUGGGAAAUGUUUCACUUGGAAUUAUAGCCUGGUGAUACACCAGAGGACUCACACGGGAGAGAAACCAUAUAAGUGCUUGAAUUGUGGGAAGACUUUCAGUCAGAAUUCCCACCUGCUGAAACACCACAAAACUCACACGGGAGAGAAACCAUAUGAGUGUCCGGAUUGUGGGAAAACUUUCCGUCAGAAUUCCCACCUGGUGAAACAUCAGAGGACUCACACAGGAGAAAAACCAUAUGAAUGUCCAGAUUGUGGGAAAAGUUUCCAGCAGAAUUACAAUCUGUUGGAACAUCAGAGGACUCACACAGGAGAGAAACCAUAUAAGUGUUGUGAUUGUGGAAAAUGUUUCUCUUGGAAUUCUAGCCUAUUCAUGCACCAGAGGAUUCAUAAACAACAGAAACUAUAUGAAUGUCCAGAUUGUGGGAAAAGUUUCAGUCGGAAUUCCAGUUUGGUGAUACACCAGAGGACUCACACAGGAGGGAAACUGUAUAACUGUCCAGAUUGUGGGAAAAGUUUUAGUCAGAAUUCCGAGCUGGUGAGUCACCAGAGGAUUCACACAGGAAAAAAACCAUAUCAGUGUCUUGAAUGUGGGAAAAGUUUCAGUUGGAAUUCCACUUUGGUGAUUCACCAGAGGACUCACACAGGAGAGAAACCAUAUGAGUGUCCAGAUUGUGGGAAAAGUUUCAGUCAGAAUUCCCACCUGGUGAGACAUCGGAUAACUCACACAGUAGAAAAACCAUAUAAGUGUUUGGUUUAUGAGAAACGUUUCCAGGACAAUUUCAACCUGGUGAUUCACCAGAGGAUUCAUAUGGGAGAGAAACCAUAUGAGUGUCUGUAUUGUAGGAAAAGUUUCUCUCAGAGUUCUAGUCUGGUGAGACACGAGAGCAUUCACAAAAGAGAGAAACCGUAUGAAUGUCCAGAUUGUGGGGAAAGUUUCAGUCAGAGUUCCCACCUAAUGAAACAUAAGAAAACUCAUGCAGGAGAGAAACCAUAUAAGUGUCUUGAUUGUGGGAAAAGUUUCAGUCAGAAUGACAACCUGGUGAAACAUCAGAGGAUUCACACGGGAGAGAAACCAUAUAAGUGCUUAGAUUGUGGGAACAAUUUCAGUCAGUGUUCCCACCUGAUGAAACACCAGAAAACUCACACAGGAGAGAAACCAUGAGUGUCUGGGUUGUGAGAAAAGUUUCCAGCAGCAUUCCCAACUAGUGGAACAUCGGAGGACUGACACAGGAGAGAAACCAUAUGAGUGUCUUGAAUGUGAGAAAGGUUCAAUCAGAAUUCCCAUUUGGUGAUAUACUGGAGGACUCAUACAGGAGAGAAAUCCUAUGAAUGUCCGGAUUGUGGGAAAGAUUUCAGUACUAGGUCUAGCAUUACAAAUCAUGUAAGGUUACACAUAGGGGAGUAAUCAUUCAACUACCCAGAUUGCAGACAAACAUUGUUUUGCACAAAAUUCCUCCCUGAUCACAGUUGGGGCAAAAUUUGAUGUGUGUAAAGGAAUGUUGAAAUUUGUUUCUUGUUCCGUUUGAAAGCCAGCUGAGUAAUUUAGCAUUUAAUUUCUUGCAUGAUUCUUUUAAUGAAACAUGUCUUAUUAUCAAACAUGAGGGGUGGGGUAGGGUAGGGUGGUCUGUAUUAGGUAUGUUUUGCACCUUUAGUUAUUUCUACAUAUAAUAAACGGGAUUAUAAAUAUGUAUGUAUUUAUGUAUUUUUAUUCAGUAACAAAAUGUAUCUGGCAACCCAACUCAUAUGACUCCAUAUGGUUUACAGCAAUAAAACCUUAUUACAGAAACCAGUAAACUCGUGUAUGUAUCAGAUGGCAAAAUGCAAAUCCUCUGCAUUUAAAGUGUACUUGCUCUGCAAAUACAGAGCACUUCUAGUAAAGUUGAUGGCA